UGAAUAUGGCGCAACAGUCAACAAAGUUGAAACUUGAAAGGCAUUAUCAGCCCACAUUAACGCGACUCCUCCACUGAAGUCCACAGUUUCAACGCGACACCUUAGUUUCUCCAUUUCCAGAACUUUUUUCAACGAGUCAAUACUCUUACAAUGUCUAAAAAUCCGAAGAGCACAGUUUAUAUUGGCAAUUUGGAUGAGAGAGUUACUGAUAGGAUCCUAUAUGACAUCCUUAUCCAAGCAGGGCGAGUAGUUGAUUUAUACAUUCCGUGUGAUAGAGAAACAGAUAAACCUAAGGGUUUUGCCUUUGCAGAGUAUGAAACAGAAGAGAUUGCGAAUUAUGCUGUCAGGCUUUUUUCUGGCCUUGUGACUCUGUACAACAGGACAUUGAAAUUUGCGAUUUCUGGGCAAGAUAAGGCAGCUGCUAAUAUGUCCUCUACAUCGAUGCACCCAUCUAAUUCACCCCUCAGGUCCAGGAAACCUGAACCUUUUAGCAGUAUGGAAGAUCCUUAUCAAACUCGAUCAUUACAUUCUAGUAGAUUCUCAACAAACCCAGGCCGUUAUGAGCCAGAUUUACUCCCCCCUGGUGUAGACCAAGACUCUAGUCCGUUCAGGUCUCGUCAUGAUGGCUACAAUCAAGAUUACUCACGGAGAGUAUUUGGGGCGUCUUUGGAUAGUAUUAGCCGCUCUAGACCAGGACGCUAUUAAACAAGUAAUAUGAUUGCUUCCCUGAGCAUGUUGUGGAUGCAAAUCUGACUUGUAGAUUCAGAUUGGCUAGUCUAGUUGACUACCUGUAGUAUAGGAUUCGGUCUAGUAGAGAAUACUGUAAUGCUAUCAUAAUGGCUACGUAUAAUGGUAAAUGUAUCACAUGCGAUUUCUCAUUUGCUUUCUGAUGCUUUUUAUUUUGUGA